CGGGGGCGCCAUGUCUCUCCCUGGCUCCGCGGCGGCCCACGAGACGGAGUGCGGCAUCUGCUGCGAGAGGUUUGACCGGCGCGCCCGGCGGCCCAAGCUGCUCAGCUGCCACCACCAGGCGUGUGCCAGGUGCCUGCGCAGGAUGGCGGACGUCGGCAAGUCCCCCGGGAGCCUCAGCUGCCCCUUCUGCCGGCAGGAGACGCCUGUGCCGGGCGAGGACGUGGGGCAGCUGCCCGACGACGGCCGGGCGCUGGCGCUGCUCUGCGGGCAGGGGGGCACCCCGCCGUCCCCAGAGGUGCUGCUGUGCCCGGGCGUCCUGGAGCCCUUCGUAGGCGGCAAGCACCGCUCCUCGGACUGCCUGGUCAUCACCCUGCUGGAGGUGCCGGAGGACGCGGCGGCGCCCGACGGGCUGGGGAUGGUGGACGUGGUGCGCUUCUACCGCCCGCCCAGCCUGGCCUCCUUGCCCUGCCACGGGCCACUGCCCGUGUGCCGGUCGUGCGGAACCUGGCGGGCCGUCCCCCGGUGCCUCCUCGGCCUCCUCGGCCUGGUGUACUUCAGCUCCCUGCCUCUGGGCAUCUACCUGCUGCUUGUGGAGCGCCCCAGCCUGGGCCUCGUCCUCGUCAGUCUGGUGCCCUCCACCCUCCUCCUCUGCAUCUUCUACAGCCUCUGCCAGUGCGCCUGCCAGGAGAUCUUUGACUUCCCCGCGUGA